AGUGGAAUACAGUCGAUGACCAAUAGAAAAGUAACUAGGAAUCACAUGAUAUAGACAAUGGUUCUGUUGUAGAAAGAUGUCGUCGCUGUUUAGAGAAGGUUGUGUUGCAACGGUGAUCACUUGAAACAGAUAAGAAUGAGUUUACAAACGAAUCAGAGGAUAAUUGAUUAAUGUCGUCAACGUUACAACAGCAUCGUAGUCGUAGCUACAUAAAACAUGAUUGUUCUAUUUCGGUCACGUGGAGUGGCGCCAGAAGGAGUGUAAUGCAUUAUGUUAUUUAGAUUCAUCGAUGUCAAGUCUUUAUUUGCUUUGAGGUUCAUAAAGAGUAAAAUAUGUAUUAUAAUCGUUGUAAUUUUAUUUUUUUUUCUGUAUGAUCCCAGAGAUUUGAUAUACGGUUCUUUAUGGCGUCACACGAAAGAGGCUUUAUUGGACCCUUAUUUUCUCACUAUCCACUGCAACGAGGGAAGACUGGGAAACCAAAUGGGUACAUACGCAACUCUAUAUGGACUAGCUCGCCUCAAUAAAAGAAUUCCUUAUGGACAACAGUGCAAUAUGGACUCUCUUAUUCCGUAUUUCGAAUUAUCGGUAGCAGAAAUAGGAAGUUUACCUCAAAAAUAUUCUCGGGAAUAUGAACUCGGUCCUUAUUUUCAGCUUCAAGACGAAAAUAUUCCUAGUGAUAAGAAUAUAUUAACUGGCUAUCUUUAUCCAUCAUCAUUUACAUUUUACCAUCAUGUUCAAAAUGAAAUCAAACGCGAAUUUCAAUUUAAAAAAAAUAUCAUUAAAUAUGUUUACGAUGUAUUUAAUGAUAUUCGUGCAACAAGAGGUACUUCUCUUUUUAUUAGUGUUCAUAUCAGAAGGACAGAUUAUUGCUCCUGGUUAAAGGCCUUCCGUGGUAAAGAAUUUGACAAAGAAUAUAUUUUAAAAGCAAUGCAAUAUUUUAAAAAUAAAUAUAAAAAUAUACUCUUUCUGCUAGUAAGCGAUGAUAGAAAAUGGUGUAUUAAACAAUUUAGUAAUUUACCCGAUGUGAUAAUAACUAAAGAACCACCAGAACCUGCUUACGACUUAGCCUUACUUGCGCAUUGCAAUCAUUCUAUUAUUACUUACGGAACAUUUGGAUUUUGGGGAGCUUAUUUAGCUGGUGGUGAUACUGUUUAUUAUGCAAAUUUCUUAGCUCCAAAUUCGAAAUUUCUUCGACACGAGUUAACAUAUGAUAAGGUAUAUCUUCCCGAAUGGGUUGGCAUAUCAACAAUAGAAAAUGAUUUUUGGUUAAAACAUAAUUCUUCAUUCCAUCCAAAAGAAUGUGAAACUGUAACUUGGUGGGAAUGGAUUUUUGGUAAGAGAAAUUAAUAUAUCCAUCCAUUUUUGCUACAAAUGUGAUAUGGUUUUUUAUUUUGCAUAUAAUAAAAUUUUAUUUUCAAUGAGAAAUUAAGUAUUUUUGGAUUCAAGUAAAUUAGAGAUUAUUUAUAAAUAAACUGUGCAAUUUUUUAAGUCAAUCUUGUUGUACUUGUAGCCACAUGUGUAGAUACUCUGAAAUUAUGAAUACCUUUCACUACUUUUAGGUUUCACUUUUGUAAGGUUUUCUAUAAAAGAUAAGUAUUACAUAUACACAAACAUACUGUGUAUAUAUAACUUUUUCUACUUUUUGUAUCAUAAAGUUAAAACUGGUAAUGAUUAAAAAUCCAUCCAAAAAGUAGAUAUUUAAAUAUUAAAAAUAUGGCAAUUAACUAUUUAAUAUUUCACAAUUCUGUUUGAAAUUGAUUAUUAGAA